UCGAAUUUUUUUUUUUGCCAACCAAAACGUUACGUAGUUUAUUAUUGUAACAGGCGGAGUAGUGUUAGUUAAAACCAAGCGGUCAACACUUUCCACGGUUGCCAUUUUUGCACGUUAUUAUUAUUAAUUAAAUUAUUGUUUUUUAUUUAAUUUUAAUUUUAAUAAAAUGGAAUUUCCCGUGAAAUUUUUGUCGCUCCAAAAGCCGGAGUUGGAGUAUGAGGUUAGCAUUCGUGGUGAGACACCGGGUUCCACCGUCCAGGACUUGCGGAAACAAAUUUCGAAAUUAGGGCCUUUGUUUCCUUCCGAGGAUAUUUUAGAAAGUAAUUUCUCUGUCGCUGCCGAUUUAAAGGGCGUUAGUGAUGCUCUCGCGAAAGUUCAGUCGCAUUUAGAUUCUCGACCGGAUAGGAACGUUUUUCUUCGCACACAAAACCUUUUAAAUCACCUGCAUCACCGUCUCAACCGUAUAGUGUAUGAUGAAACGACCAAGCCCAUGUUUGACGUUUGCGACCAAGAAUAUAGAGCUCUUACAGCUAGAUUUAAUUCCUUCAAGGACACGGCUGCCGCGACCGUUUUGCCUGCUCCGAACGCCGAACCCGUUGUUAGCACGGCACCGAUAAACGUAAACGUCACAUGCGACCGUGGUAGUCACAAUGAGCUUUGCAAAAUCAAGUUUGAUGGCAAGUCUUGCGUCCGUGCCUUCGUGGUACGCAUAACGGAAUUUUGUGAGGCUAGGUCUAUUUCGGAUUCAAAACUUUUGUCCUAUGACUCCUAUGCCACAGAGAUUUUUACUGGUGAUGCACUACACUGGUACCGAAAUAUUAAGGGUCAAGUGUCCAGCUGGGUUGAACUCGCCACGUUGCUUAAACAAGAUUUUGGUCAGAAGGACUAUGAUUAUAGGCUCGGUAAUGAGAUUCGGUCACGCACGCAGGGUGAAUCCGAGAACAUUACCGUGUACCUAUCAAUCAUGGCCGGGUUAUUCUCACGUCUCUCUAAACCUUUACCGGAGGACGAGAAAUUAGAGAUCCUCCUCCAUAACAUCAGGCCUUGCUAUGCCAGUACUUUAGCGUCAGCAGCCGCGAUUACUGACAUAGAUACGUUACGUAAUCACUGUCGUAACUACGAAAGUAUCCAGGCACGUCUUGCCGACUUUCGCAAACCACCCAGACGGACAGCUGACACCUUGGCACCUGAGUUUGCCUAUACUGGUAAUAGUUAUAACAAGAAUAAUAACAACAAUAACAACAAGAAUUUCACAUACAGGAACAACAAUAAUAAACAAUAUAAUCAAUUUAAUUCUAAUCAAAAUAACAAUAGGUCUUUUACUAAUAACACUAAUAAACAAUAUAAUCAAUUUCAUUCUAAUCACAAUAAUAAAUCUUAUACUAACAACAAUAAUUUUAAUAAAUUUAACAACAAUAUGAAACAGGUACAUGCAGUUACUUCUACACCCUCUGCCAAAACUUUGUAUUGCCCUAGAUGUCGCAAUAAUAGCCACAACUUGCGUCAAUGCCCAGCUAAUAAGGACGAAAUUUAUUGUUUUAAGUGUGGUCAUAAAGGUGUCAAGUCCCCAGAUUGCCCUACUUGCAAAAAGGGUAAACCUUCUACCUCAAAAAACUAAAUAGACAGAAUUGUGCCAACCAUCUGGUUAAUAAUUUUGAUCCUGUAGAUUGGGGCAAAUGGCUGAAAACUAUUGAGAUUUUUUUCAGUUCGUAUAACAUCGACGCAAUUCUGAAUGAUGAUCCCAGUAUUGAUAAUCGUCCUUAUGCAACGGUACAGGUUAAUGGUGUUAAUAUGACAGGUUUACUCGAUUCUGGUGCUGCUAUAACUGUAUUAAAAAGUGAGGCUCAUCAAGCACUUCAAGGUUUACCUAUUCAUACAGAUCAACUCAUUACAGCCAAAGGGGCUGGCAAUCGUAUUAUGCAGAGCCGGGGUUACAUUAACUUGCCUGUACAUUUUCAAGAUAAGUUCCGUUUUAUUACCGCUCAUAUAGUACCAGAUGUAAACACGGAUUUUAUAUUAGGCGUAGAUUUUUGGCGUAAAUUUAAUAUUCUUCCUAACUUAAGUAGUAUUACAUUUCGUAAUGUGUCAGUAGUACAAGAGGAACCAAAGCCAGAAAAUCCUACAUUUAUUCAUGGUUAUGAUCAUUUAAGCGUUUCGGAGAAGUCCAUUGCUGACAACAUCAUUGCACAGUUCGAGGAUAUUUCUGCCGAGCGCAAGGGUUUAGGUAAGACCAGUCUCAUUGAACACCGUCUAGAUACUGGGGAUGCUCAGCCGAUCCGGCAACGGUAUUAUCGUAUGUCGCCUGAGAAACAACGGAUUCUCGUCGAACAGGUCGACGAAAUGCUUAGUCUCGACGUUAUCGAGCCCUGCGAAAGCGCCUGGUCUUCACCUGUUCUACUCGUCACGAAGAAGAAUGGUCAGCCUCGUUUCUGCCUCGACAGUCGCAAGCUGAAUUCUGUUACUCGAAAGGAUGCGUAUAAUUUACCUUAUGUAACGGAAAUAUUGGACAACCUGCGUGACGCUCGUUACCUUACGAGUAUCGAUUUGUCCAAGGCCUUUUGGCAAAUUCCGAUUGCUGUCGAGGAUAGGGACAAAACUGCCUUCUAUGUUCCUGGUCGUGGUACAUUCCGUUUUAAAAGAACCGCAUUUGGCCUCACAAAUGCGCCAGCAACACAACAACGUUUAGUUGAUCUUCUCUUCAGAGAAUUUGACUUAAAAGUCUUUGCCUACUUAGAUGACAUAAUUAUAGUUUCCGAGGACUUUAAUUCUCAUGUGUCACUUCUUCUGCG